UUUCAGCCCCAAGACGAAAUAGAAGUUGAAGAUGGGUUCAAACAGUAUGAUGUGAUUAGUGCAUUAGACAUGGAAGCUAUGAUGAGUACCAUAAAUGCUUGGAUAAAAAACCCAGUCAAGUUUGAACGUUCUCAUGGGAUCAACAACACACUGGAUGCCCAGAUCUUAGCAGAUAAGGAGGGAGGAGAUGAAACAAUCCAUAUUCUUAUUGUUGAAGGCUUCCUACUUUACACCUACAGGCCACUGAUUGACGUAUUCCACCAUCGGUAUUUUCUUUCCAUUCCAUAUGAAGAGUGUAAAAGGAGAAGAAGUUCUAGGAAUUACACUGUACCGGAUCCACCUGGAUUGUUUGAUGGCCAUGUCUGGCCUAUGUAUGUAAAGCACAGGAAGAUAAUGGAAGAUCUUGGAGUUGAUGUGGUGCACUUGAAUGGAACAAAAUCCAAGGAGGAGCUGUUUAAUGAUGUGUAUGGACAGAUCCAAAAUAAGAUUGAAGAAUUACUUAACAUGCAGAAAUAAGAUGCUGAUGAUGAUUCUUGGAGUGAAGAUGAUUCCUGUUUGCUCCCUGCUGUCUACCUGCCUGCCACUCAAGUUCCAGCUUCUGUGAAGACUCUCAACUCUUAAAUUCGACUUUGUUCAGUUUUCCCUGGAAACUGAGUUAUAUAUGGUCAUAAUUAAAAAGCACUUCCCCCCCUUGUCUGUCAUC